AUGUUAGAUUCUAAUCAAUAUUGUUCUAUUCUCAUUCACUAAUUGUUCAAAUUAUUUGUGAUAAUUAAAUAAUAAGUAAGUUGAUUUAUUAUAAAUUAGGCAAUUAAAGACUUAAAAUAUUAUAUGAUUACAUCCAAUAAAUUUAAUAUCAAUGCAUGCUUGUGUUUUCAAAGAGGAAGCCACAAAGGCUUAGUUAGAUGCAGAAGGAAAGGUAAAUUUAGCUAUGUCAGAUGGAUUGAAUUAGGAAAGAUUAAAGUCAUUCUUAGAAAUAAGUAUAUCACACCUGCUGUUGAGAAGAAAGUGAAGAGUCUUUCUGAUUCCAAUUCAUAAAAAUUCUUGGAUGUGAUGAUGGGAUGUUUAUCUAAAGAUGAUAGCUCUGUUGCAAUAUAUGCUACUAGACCAGAGGAUUAUGAUGUCUUUUCUUUCUACUUAGAACCACUCAUUAGAGAAUACCAUAAAAUAGAGGGUUAAACAAAUAGAAGCAUGAUUGGAACUUCCAAGUUGGAGAAUAUGUUCUUACAAAAAUAGAUUCAAGAUUAGAAAAAGUGUCAAUGA